AUGGAUGGUCUCGCAGCUCAAAAGAAGCAGUACGAUCUUUCCACGGCUAAUUUUGAAACACUUUUGAAGUGGGCAGGGCCUGUCCCACGCACUGUGCAUGCUUGCAUUCAUGAUGUCUUUCUCGAUCAAGCGUCUACCCGCCCUUCUGCACAAGCUGUCCAGGCUUCGGAUGGUGACUGGCAAUACCAGGAGGUUGAGAGUUUAUCACGUAUUUUGGCUUUGCAACUUGCCGACUACGGUAUCAAACCUGGCGACAUCGUACCUUUCUGCUUUCAUAAGUCGAAAUGGGUCCCAAUCGCAAUGCUUGGAAUUCUUCGCGCCGGUGCUGCUUGCGCUGCAUUGGAUCCGGAAAUGCCUCACGAUAGGCUACGACUGCUGAUCGAACAGACUAAAUCAAAACUUGUCUUGGCUGGGCGGGACACGAAAGACGUCGUUGACGCUCUCAGCUCUCACGCCGUCGUACUGGAGGAAUCGUUUCAGAAACAGCCGUUGAUUGGCACACUCAUCCACACAACUAUGCCUCAAGACGUUGCAGUUGUUCAAUUCACAUCAGGAAGCACCGGGACCCCAAAGGCUAUCACUCUGAGCCACAUGGCCUUGUGCUCGAGUUUCGAGGCCUUCGGUUCUCAAUGGGACAUCGGGCCAUCAUCUCGAGUUCUGCAGUUCGCAGCCCAUACCUUCGAUGUUGCAAUCGCAGAUAUCCUCGGGGUAUUCACGCGUGGAGGCUGCGUGUGCAUUCCAUCGUCACAAGAACGACUUGGUGACCUUGCAGGCUUUAUCAGGCGUAGCCGAGUCAACUGGACUCUACUAACUCCAACAAUGGCCAAACUGUUGGAGCCCGAUGAAGUACCUGGUCUUCGUACUCUUGUUCUUGGAGGCGAAGCAGUACACCGAGAAAAUUUGACCAGAUGGGCAGGGCGAUGUCGUUUGAUACUGGCCUACGGCCUUGCUGAAGCUUCGAUCUACUGCUCGGGGAAGGAAGACAACACGCCUGAAUCGGAUCCGUCAAACAUCGGGCGUUCGAUUGGUUGCAGAUUUUGGGUGUGUGACGAACAGUUCUUGCCAGUUCCGCCAGGUCAUCACGGAGAGCUGUUCGUAGAGGGCUCCAUCCUGGCCCAAGGUUAUCUGCACGAUACAAUAAAAACUUCGUCAACGUUCAUCCCUACUCCGGCAUGGCUCGAGCCACAUACGAAGGAAAGUCGACUGCUCAGGACAGGAGAUGUUGUCGAGUGGCAGUCCGACGGAUCACUGAAAUUUCUCACUCGAACAGACGAUCAAGUAAAAGUUCGAGGUGUCCGUAUGGAGUUGGGAGAGAUCACACAUUACGUGAAAAUGGGACUUACCGGGUUGGCCGAUGAUGUUGUGAUCGAAGUCAGCAAUGAACGUGUCGAAUCUACCACCGCACGCCUGGUGGCGUUCUUCAUGCCUCGUGGCGGCCAAGCACAACGGUCCUCGCAAAGUACCCCUCUGAUCCUUUCAAUGCGCGACGAAUGGGCAUGCAAUAUCAGGAAAGCGAUUGCUUUGGCGCUGACCAAGUUGCAAAGUAUCAUGGUGCCAACAGUCUUCAUGCCUCUGAGUCACAUUCCUACGACUCCGUCGGGCAAAUGCCAUCGAAAGGUACUUCGCGGAAUACUACAAGAACAAAAUGUCGGUUUGCACGACUACAUGUUCGACGAUGCGGAAGACUGUACACCAGCGAUAGGCAAACAACAAGCACAUAUAGAUGUUUCACCACUCGUUUUUGCACUGCGUCAGAACUCUGAAGAACAUGAGCCCCUAAGGUCUUGCGUGCACCUCGAAGUACAGCGGCGAGCAUUGCAAUACCCCGAUAAGCUGGCGGUACAUGCGUGGGAUUUCGACCUCACAUACGAGCAGCUCGACCGUGCAGCAACAGCACUAGCAGUCAGACUGGUUGCCCUUGGAGCCAGGCCCGAGAGCUUUGUUGCGUUUUGCAUGGAGAAGUCAGCCUUUGGCAUUGUGGUCGAACUUGGCAUCCUCAAGGCAGGCGCCGCUUUCCUGGCUUUGAACCCGUCUCACCCUGUCGAGAAACUCCAAGAGGUUCUAACGCAUGCUGAGGUGUCUAUUGUGAUAACUGAUGGCUGCCAAGAAAGCUUCCUCAGGUCCACUUGUUCCAGUGUUCUUUCCGUCGAUGGCGACUACUGGCGCUCCGUACUACAACAGGACGAUGCUGACGCACAUGCGGCUCUCCCACUACCAUCCGCUGUACCAAACAAUGCCUGUGCAUUAGUCUUCACCAGCGGCUCUUCUGGUAGCCCAAAGGCAGUCGUAUUUGAGCAUCAGGGCCUCUGCACGAGCGCCGAUGCUCUCGGAACGUCACUUCUGAUGGAUGAGAAGACCAGAACAUUUCAGUUUUCCGCGUGGAGCUUCGGAGCCAGUAUCGGUGAAAUAUUUGCCACUCUGUUCAAGGGCGGCACACUUUGCAUUUCUUCAGAAGUCGACAGACUGGAAGACUUGACGGGUGCUAUCAAUCGCAUGGAUGCGAACUGGGCUUGGCUCACAUCGUCAUUUGCUGGUCUCAUCGACCCGUUGCAGGUACCGAAGUUGAAAACACUGUGUCUCGGUGGCGAAGCUGUCGACGACUCCAUCGUGCGCGCCUGGAUGGGCACGGCCACGGUGAUCACUACAUACGGCCAGACCGAGUGUACGGUGCGGUGUGCGGCUCAAGUCGGGUUCGCCGAAUCUGUACCUUCAACAUCGAUCGGCCAAGGGUACAUUGCCAACCUCUGGAUUGUGGAGCCUGGACAGCCUGACCAGCUUGCUGAAAUCGGCGCUGUUGGGGAGUUGCUUGUAGAGGGGCCCACACUGGCACGAGGCUACUUGAAUGAUGCCGCCGGGACCGCUCGAGCUUUUGUCCAAAGAGUACCUUGGCUGGAUGCUGUGCGUGGUCGCCCUGGAACUCGGGCUUUCAUGACUGGCGACCUUGCCAAAUACAACUCAGAUGGCACAAUCAGCUUUGUGGGUCGCAUAGACAGUCAAAGAAAGAUCUCUGGCAUUCGCGUUGACAUGGCAGAGAUUGAGUCUGCUCUACGCCAAGCCUUAUCUCUGGAGGCUGUGGUAUGCGACGUUAUAACAUUCGGCAGCUCGGGGUGUACAGUGAUGGUGGCCUUCUUUCUGGACGAAACGCAGCCGUCUACUCGACCCCCAGAGAUCAUCCCAUUGACAGAGCCAAAACGAAAAAGGAUUCUUGGACGCCAUGAUCGACUUCAAGCACUGCUGCCGGACUCCAUGCUACCUUCGCACUUCAUGCCCGUCACUGCAAUGCCAACUAACGUCAAUGGCAAGCGUGAUCGGAAGGCUUUUCACUCGCUGGCGCUGAAAAUGGCGGAGGACGAGCUGAUAAAAUUCACAUUAGUCUCUAUGACCAAAAGCGCUCUGAAGACUGAGAGUGAACGCUUGCUUGCAGGCCUGUGGGCCGGGAUACUUCACAUCAGAAUAGACGAUAUCGGCCGGGGCGACUCAUUCUUCCAGCUUGGUGGCAAAUCAAUACAUGUGAUGCGUCUGGUAGCAGCGGCUCGACAAGCAGGCAUCAGGCUACCAGCAACAGUGAUAUUCGAGCAUCACACGAUGGCGGCAAUGGCCGAGAAGUGCGAACAUCUCACUGCGGCCUUUCCAAAUAGGGACACUCAAUUUCCUGAAUUGAAUCUCGCCGCUCUCAGAAAGGAGGUCGCUGAGAUCUGCCUUCUAUCAGAGCGAGACAUCGAAGAUAUCUAUCCGUGUACUUCGAUGCAGGAGGCCCUCUUCACGUCGUCAUCGCGAGCCGCAAGUGCUUAUUCACGCCAAUCCCUGUACAACAUGAACGACUCACUGGAUCUUCAGCGGUUCAAAAUGGCCUGGGAGCUCACACUUGCGAAGAAUUCGAUCCUCAGAACAAGAAUCGUGCAGACCUCUGCCGGGCCAGUGCAGGCAGUGACCACCACGGCUAUUUCAUGGCGAAGGUAUCGCAAUCGUGGGGAGUGUCUACGCACAGAAAGGCUUUUGACAAUUGAGCCUGCAGCGUCGCUCAUCCGCUUUGCUUUAAUAGGAGAUCGCGAGUUCGUUCUGACUAUCCAUCACGCGAUCUUUGACGGCUGGUCGCUAGGUCUGAUAUGGCAGAACGUCAUUGAGGCCUACGAUAGCCAACCUUUGAGCGAACGAACCCCCUUCAAGACAUUUGUAAAGCACUGCCGCGCCAUGCGCAGAACGCCAGCUUUGAAAUUCUGGUCAUCUCUUCUGGCUGCCAGGUCUGACAGUCAUUUCCCUAAGGUCACUCUGUCGAAGGGCAGAAACCCCUACGCAACCGCGCGAACCUCGAUAUCCAUAGACUCGGUGCCAAUCACACAAAGGGGCUUCAGCAUUCCUACCCUCCUCCAGGCUGUAUGGGCUAUGGUAAGUGCGACAUACGCAAAUACAACGAGGCCGACGUUCGGUCUGACGAUCUCUGGGCGAAAUGCUGACCUGCAUGGAAUCGACGCGAUAUGUGGUCCUGUCAUAGCAACCGUACCUUUCCAGGUCCCCUUCCGACAAGACAUGACAGUCGAUUCCCUCUUGUCUGACGUGCAACGUAUGACAACCCAGAUGAUACCUUACGAGCAGCUUGGUCUUCGAGAGAUCUCCGAAGCAAGCGAUGCUGCUGCUUCGUCUGUAGACUUUCAGACCCUUCUUGUGGUGCAGCCGGAAUCCGACACCGCAGCCGGGAUCAGUUCGCUGGGGCUCACUACGAUCCCUAUGCCAAACAGCGAGCUGACAACGUACAGCCUCACAUUGGAUUGUCAGCUUAGACCCGAUGGAGUCGAGGUCACUGCAUACUUCGACACUGGCGUUCUCACUGGCGAGCAAAUGGAACGGGUCCUUCGACAGUUUAAGCAUACAAUCAUGGCAAUGUCAAAUUCCACUGGCCAGUCAACACUGUCUACGUUGUCCUCGUGCAACGAUGGCGACAAAGCCGAACUUCAAAGAUGGAACUCUGGUGUUGCAACUACCGCAGCCCCUUUCAAGGACAUAUGUGCCAUGAUUCGCCAGACAGCCUCGCAACAGCCGCUCCACAUAGCGAUCGAUGCAUGGGACGGGAGCUUCACAUAUGAGCAACUUGAAGUGUACUCCGACCGUCUAGCUGACGAGCUACGGCGUCGAAAUGCCGCUCCUAGCAAACCCAUCCCUUUUGUCUUCACGAAGACAAGAUGGACUACGGUGGCUGUCUUGGCGAUACUGAAAGCUGGCAGCUUUUGCGUACCCAUCGAUCCCAAAUAUCCCGAAGCCCGAAAAGCGAUGAUAAUCUCCAACGUGGCUGCGGAGCUGGUCUUGGGAUCGCAUGACGACCUGUUCACGUCUCUUGACGGCAUUGAAAGACUUGUCGUUGGUCAGGAGCUCUUCGACAACCUGCCCAUAACGACCACUGCCCCUGUUUCAGUCAUAUCUCCGACUUCCAAUGCCUACAUUAUAUUUACUUCCGGAAGCACGUCGACGCCCAAAGGUGUGGUAUGGGAACAUUCCACGCUCUCCUCAACUCUGCAAAGCCUUGGACGCUACUUUGGGUUUUCCAGGAACAUUCGAGUGCUUCAGUUUGCAGCGCAUGUCUUCGAUAUCAAUGUAUUCGAAAUGCUUGGCACCGUCGCCUUCGGAGGCACUGUCUGCGUGCCUUCAGACGAAGAUCGGUUGGCGUGUUUGGUCACUUUUAUGCGUGAAAAGGCUGCGACCUGGGCUGCACUAACGCCAACGGUAUCUCACGGUAUCGAUCCUUUGCUCGUGCCUGGCCUUGAGACCCUUGUAUCGGUCGGAGAGCCGAUAGGACGUUCGAUUGUUCAGCAAUGGAGUGAGCAUGUGAGACUGUACAAUGGCUAUGGCCCUUGCGAAGCAUGCAUUCUGUCAACCAUUGCGGAGGUCAACGGCGACUCUCGAUUUCCCGAAAGCAUUGGCUUUCCCAUCUCAUGUGCCGUCUGGCUAGUUCGUAAAGAAAACAUCGACGAACUUGUGCCAAUUGGAGCAAUUGGAGAGAUAGUCAUCGAAGGCCCAAACGUCGGCAGCGGAUAUCUUGGAGAAACGGUGACAACAACAGCCUUCUGCGGACCUCCCAAGUGGGCGUUGCAGCGUCAAAAUUCAUGUGGCAGCAGCAGGUUCUUCAGGACUGGCGAUAUGGCGAAAUACAAUGCAGAUGGGAGCCUACAUUUCCUUGGACGCCGCGUGGACGAUCAAGCUAAGAUCCAUGGACAACGUUUGCAGCUGGCUGAUGUGGAACAGGCUCUAGCUGCUUGCCAGGGCAUCUGUCGGGCCAUGGCUGUUGUGCCCAAACUCGGUACCUUGCAGGGCAACCUCACGGUCGUGAUUGAAACUGAACUAUCGUCGAAAGACACAUAUGGAGUACUGCGGGCUCUCCAUUACGAGAAGCUUGAGGCGGCUUCGUCGGUCCUCUCACGAGCCUUAUCGUCCGUUUCUGGGGUCCUACCGGCGUACAUGGUCCCUGUGCACUGGAUCACUGUCCAGGCGCUACCUCUUACUUUUUCUGGGAAACUGGAUCGUAGACGGGUGACGGCUUGGUUGGCGUCCUCCGCCAAAGAGAUUGAGAACGCAACGUGGAAAGCUCCCAGCACGGUCGCAAACUCUCACGAAGACUUCAUUCGACAAAUUUGGUCAUCGGUUCUUAACGUACCAGUCAAUGAAAUUGACGGGGAGAGUUCAUUCAUCAGGCUUGGUGGGGAUUCGAUAUCGGCGAUGUCAAUCGUGUCAAAAUGCCGACAGAACAAGAUACCCCUGAACGUCACAGACAUACUGCAGAGCCGCAGCUUUGGGCAGCUGGUGUCAAAGCUAGCCAGCAGUGGUCAAUCGGUUGAAGAUCAGAACAGAAAAAUGGCCCGGCUUGAAGGAUACGAUAUCAGUGCAAAUUCGGCAGUCCGAAGUGGUAUGCUUUCACCAAUACAGGAACUUCUUUGCCAGUAUCAUGGUCCAGCCACUGCCAAUCACUUCAAUCAAUCCUGGGUCUUCGAGCUGACUAGACCCGUAUCUCCAUCUUCGAUGCAGGCUGGAAUAGAUGCUCUGGUCAGGCAUCAUCAGUCGUUACGAUGCCGGUUUGUGGAGUCUUCAACUGGUGAAUGGAAGCAAGAGAUUGUCGGAGAGGCAGAAUUACCCGGGGAGCAAUUCGAGCAUCAGCGCGUGGAGGAUACAGAUGAAAUACAGCGGGUGAUCAACAAACGAGAGGCCAGCCUCAGCAUCACAUCUGGCUUCGUGUUCGCAGCCACCUACAUCGAGGCAAAUGAUGGCUCUUUUGUGAACGGCAUCUUACACCUCACAGCACAUCAUCUCGUCAUAGACCUCGUCUCAUGGAGGAUCUUGCUAGAGGACCUUUCAAAUCUGUUGCAAGAUGGCCCUCAGACAACUCUGCCAGAAUCACUGCCAUCCACCACCUGGGUUCAGCUGCAAGCCGAGCAUUUCACGAAGCAGAGCCACCACCGUGAUCCAUCGCUUCCCUUGGCUGAUCCCGACUUCUGGGGCAUGAGAGAGUUGCAGAAUCUCCGCGGUGACAAUGUUUCCAAGACGAUGACCUUGGAUGUCGAGACCACCGCAAAGCUCAGCGGACCGUGCAACCAGGCGUACAAUACCUCGCUGCUCGACUUGCUGCUGACAGGCAUUGUCGUGUCGUUCGGGCAAGUCUUUCGCGAUCGGGGCACGCCCGCUUUGUAUAAUGAAAGCCAUGGGCGGGAGACUUGGGACUCGGAGCUCGAUCUUUCCAGGAGUGUGGGUUGGUUCACGACACUAUUUCCAAUUCAUCCAGCGAUUGGGGCUUCCACUCCCGUACUCGAGGCCGUACGUCAGACGAAGGACGCCAGGGCUCAAUAUCUCCAGAACGGUUGGGAGUGGUUCAGCUCGCGGAUGCUCAGCAAUCGACCUCUCUCCCGCCGAGAUGUAGAAAUCGUCUUUAACUAUGGCGGGCAGUUCCAGCAGCUUGAGAGCGAUGACAGUCUUUUGCGCCGAGUAAGUUCGGACAAACUUCGUUGCUGGCCUAUCGCGGAUGAUGUUGAGAUGUUUGGCUUGAUCAGUAUCAGUGCCACACUCGCGGACGGCCAACUGAGAUUCAUGCUACACCACAAUAAGCAUAUGAAGCAUGCCGAUCGAGUGGAAGUAUGGCUACAGGAAUUGAAAGUCACUCUCGCUGCACUCGCCAUUUCCCUCGAUGGCAGGGAACGCCGGCUUACUCGCGCGGACGUACCAAGAUUGCAGAUGGACGGCGAAGAGAUCGACAGUCUUCAGGACGCUUUGUCUGGUAUUGGCGUGGAUGCGGCGGAGGUUGAGUCCAUCUACGGCUGCUCUCCUGUCCAAGAAGGCAUCCUCCUCGCUCAGGAAACUGUUGCCGGCCACUAUCGGCUCCAGGCGUGCUUCCGUGUCUCUUCGACUAAGCUCGGCGAGGCCGUAUCUACUGAUCGUCUUGUCGAGGCCUGGAGAAGGCUGUGCAAGAAGCAUGCAAUCAUGCGAACGAUCUUUGUCAGCCAUCUGAGUGCAAAGGGAGCAUACUGCCAAGUCGUGCUGCAGGAAGCUGCUAUCUCAAUAUCGCGAGAUCAAUUGCCCGAAGGCGCGGUCAGCCCUGUGGAGCAGAUCAAGACGUUGCCAGCGCAGACAUACAGACCUUCACAGCCACAUCAUCACCUUGCAAUCAUGCACGGUGGCAUAGAUAUGUUCAUCCGGCUCGAGAUGAACCAUGCUCUGAACGAUGCUGCCACGAUACAACUCAUCUGCCAGGAUCUUGCACGGCUCUACGGCCACACUGGCAGUGUUGCUGAUGAAAGCAGAGGACUCUACGGCGACUACAUCACCUGGGUCGAAGCAAAUCGAAUGUCUGCACUGGAGUUCUGGCAGUCUCAACUCUCAGGCUUCGGGCCAUGCUAUUUUCCGGCUUCACAGAAAAACAAGGACAACGAUGCUUCCAUCACUGACGGUUUGGGUCAGAUCUCCGUCCCGUACAUCAACAUCGCGAAGACGCUGUCGUUUUGCUCAUCACAUGAAUCGACCGUCUCCACGCUGAUACAGGUCGCCUGGAUCCUGGUCUUGUCAGCGGUUACGGGCAAAGACGCUCCGUGUUGCGGAUUCCUCGCCAACGGACGCGAUACCCCCGUCGACGGCAUCGAGACCACGAUGGGACCAACUAUCAGUAUGCUGGUAUCAUCCUUAAGUGUACUUGGGAGUGAAAGCGUGCUCAGUCUCAUGAGAAGGGCGCAGGAGAGGUUCGUCGACGGACUCCUUCAUCAGGCUGUAUCGAUGGCGGAGCUUCAUCAUGCACUCGACCUUGGCGGCAAGGCGCUUUUCAAUACUGCAAUAUCGCUCCAGCGACUUUGGGCUGAUGAUUUGGCUGGGGAGGAUUCGAGCAUCAGGAUCAAGAUAUUGGAAUUCGAUGACCCGAGCGAGUUUGAUGUUGUCCUUGCCGUUACCUACUCCAAGGAUGAGCUACGCACGAAACUCAAGUAUAAGAGGACUCACCUGAACGAAGUAACAGCGGUAGCCGUGGCAGAUGCUUUGGCCCGUAUUGUCAAUCGCAUCGUGGCAGAGCCUGACGCAUCCACUGCAAAGGUUCUUGCCGUAGUGAACGACGAGGGAAUCCUGCGUCGAUUGCGCCCGCAGGAGCCGACACGAGAGCAGGAGAAAGACGGCCAAGCAGAGGAAUCACGGCCGCUCACCCCUGUCGAACAAUCACUCCAACAAAUCUGGAGCGAGGUCCUCGAGAUCCCCGUCACGCAGGUGGGCAUCGAUGACAGCUUUACAAGACUGGGUGGGAGUUCCCUGUCUGCCAUUCGAAUCGCCUCGAAAUGCCGAGCACAACACCUCAACGUCACGGUCCAGGAUAUUCUCACGCGCAGAAAGAUCUCCUCGCUGGCUAAGCGUGUAGAACAGCACCAGGCACCUGUGGUGGAUGAGCACGACGAACCAGGAGCCUGGUUUCCGCUUGGAGCUAUUCAAAGGUUUAUCUUGCGGGAUAGAGCAGUGCCACAGCAUCAACACGCUAUGAGCUUCCUUUUGCGGCUUCGUUGCGUCGUUGAGUUUGGGCGGCUUCAACAUGCCAUCAAUGCGCUAGUCUGUCGACAUGAGAUGCUUCGUGCUCGAUUCAUUCGCCAGGAUAAUGUCUGGAUGCAAAGGAUCAGCCCUUGGAAUGACCAGUCCACCGUCGUGCGCCAGGUGUCAGUCAAGAAGUUGCAUGAGCUUGAGCAUGCAAUCGAGGCAAUGCAGAAAUCACUCGACAUAUGCGAUGGCCCGGUCUUCAUCGCCGCCCUCUGUGAUGUUCAGCAUGAGCAGCACCUCUUCCUAACAGCUCAUCACCUCGUAACGGACCCCACAUCAUGGCAAGUCAUUUUGGAAGAUCUCGAACUGCUGCUCUCAGGACAGGAGCUUCCACCAGAUACGAGUCUGUCUUUCCAGUCUUGGUGUAUACGACAAACAUCUCGUGCCAAGACUCUUCGACUGUCUGACUGUCUUCCCUACAAAGUGCCACAGUCAGAUUGUCAGUAUUGGGGAAUGGACACCGUUCCAAAUCUGACUGGAGACAUUGUUACCAGCGGCUUCGCGCUCGAUCAGACGACCAGCAGCAAACUUCUCUCGCAUGUAGUUCGCAUUGGCGACGCUCUCGCUGCUGCGACGCUCUCAUCUUUCUUGCGAAGCUUCCCUGAUAGACGCUCUCCUCCCGCUAUCUUCAACGAUCAUCACGGCCGCAACAUGACAUCCACCGAUCAGCCCGAUGUCUUCCGCGCGGUGGGAUGGUUUACAUCCUUCUUCCCAAUCGCUCUGCAAUCUGGACUCGCGUGUCACGAUAUGAAAGCUAUCCUCAAUCAAGUUCAAGCCGUACAUCGCACUCUCCCACGCAACGGAUCCGACUACUUCGACGCCGCGUUCCUCACGCCGUCUGGUUACGACAGCUUUGGGGCUCGUCACUUCCCCAUCGAAAUCCUCUGUCGCUACCACGGUGGCGUCUACAAUCAGCUGAAGAAGCCGAAUUCGCCCUUCGAGAGAGUGUCGGACGACACGCUGGACCUUCAUCCUGCUGCUGAGGACUUUGAAGUCCGGGCGCUCAUCCUUGUCGCUGCGCAGGUUGUUGAGGGGAGGUUGACGCUGCAGGUCGCUCAUAGUAAGAAGAUCCAGAGGCAGGAGCAGAUCCACGCUUGGGUGGGUGAGUUGGAGAGGGUGUUGACCGAGUUUGUUGCGUAG